AGGAUAACAAAAAAGAAUCCUAUCUAUCGCUUGCCCUGCUGACAAGAUUUCCAAAAGAUAUCAUAAAACGAGGAGGCAGGGGAGCCUUCUUUGUCCCUCGGUUUUUCCUGUGCGUCUGCAUCUUCGAUCUGCGCCUUUUCUUGCUGUUUCUGAUCGAGUGCCCAGUCGGAUAGAGGAAAUGGUUCUUCUUUUUCGGCUUCCUCUUCGAAAGUGAUUUUCAAUGUUUCUUCUCUUACGGCUGGUUCUGAUUCUGGUUCUGGUUCUGGUUCGUCGCUGAUCAGAUUAAAAAAACAAACAGAAGGGAAAUCGAGUCUAUACUUUUUGAGUUGCUGUUAAGCUUCUAGCUAAUUUGAGAUUUGCUGUUGAUUUGGAAAAGGAACUGCUUUUGGCUCUUGAUUUGGAGAUUAUAUUGGAAGUUGUGUGUGUGUGAGAGAGAGAGAGCGAGAGAGAGAGAGAGAGAGGGGUAAGCUGGCGAACAAGUGGUGGGAGCGAGCCGAUGAGACGGCGAUGGCCGGAAUGGGUUCUGAAGCAGGCGGAGGAUCUUCCGGGUACCUUAAGCACCUCCUCGGCCCGCAGGAUCAGCUGGAGGAAUCUAAGGCUUCCCCGGAAGAGAACGCGAUUCUUUCGGCGGAGGGCGGCGGCGAUCAGGGAGAGCAGCCUUCUAGCUCUGUCGCUGCCGGUGGCGGCCCAAUCCGCCGCCCUCGCGGUCGGCCGCCCGGCUCCAAGAACAAGCCGAAGCCGCCGAUCGUGGUGACGCGCGACAGCCCCAACGCGCUGCACUCGCACAUGCUCGAAGUCGCGGCCGGCGCCGACGUCGUCGAGUGCAUCGGCGAGUACAGCCGCCGCCGCGGUCGCGGCGUCUCUGUUCUCAGCGGCUGCGGCGCCGUGGACAACGUCUCUCUUCGCCAGCCCGGCUCGGGGAGCAUGGCGGCGACGCUGAGGGGGCGGUUCGAGAUCCUCUCCCUGACAGGGACCGUGCUCCCGCCUCCGGCGCCCCCGGGCGCCGGCGGCCUGACUGUCUUCCUUGCAGGCGGCCAGGGGCAGGUGGUCGGCGGGAACGUGGUGGGCCCACUCGUGGCGGCGGGGCCGGUGGUGCUGAUGGCCUCGUGGUUCGCAAACGCCGUGUACGAGCGGCUGCCGCUGGAGAGCGAGGAGGAGACGGCGGCGGCUAUUGCGGCCGCCGAGAGGCAUCCGCCGGGCGCGUCGCAACCCUCCGGUGUCGGCGUUCCUUUCCGCAAUUUGGCCGGUAACAUUCGAAGCUACCAGCUACCCAGCGACACUUUUGGUUGGAGUGCAACCGCUGCCGAUCAUCUCCGCCCUCCUCCCUUCUAAUUAACCAUUCUCACGCAUCACCUACUCUGAAGAACAAAAUGGAAGACGACAUAGAUUAUUGCAUGCAAUUCACGUCUGUUUAUGAUCUGAUGUACUGUUAUUCGAAAUCAAGGUUAAUUUUCCCUCAUCGUGACAUU